AUGAAACAGACGGACUCUUCUUAUAGGAGUAGUGGUAACAACAACAACACCACCUAUUCUCAAGGCAUCAAGCACUCGAGUGUUGCAUCUAGUGUCUAUUCGCCCAUCCAAUCGGAGUUUGUUAUACCUGCGUCAAAUGCUAUAAUGGAAGAAGACGAAGAAGAAGGAGACGAAGGAGUAGAAGAAUACAGACAUGUGGCAGAUACCGGAAAUCUUAUGUCCUCACCUACGCAGCAUCAGCAACUAAAGAGUCCUCAAGAAGACUCCAGUAUCGAUGCAAUUGAAGAGACAAGUGCUUCCUCAGAUGAAGAUGAUGACACUGCUUCUCAGCACGGGGGACGUAUUGCAGAUAGGUCUACCCAAACUAUACAAACAUUUAUGACUGCAAACACCCGAAUGACCGAUGGAAGCCUACCACUGCAACUGCAACUGCAACUGCAACUGCAACUGCAACUGCAUCAGCAACAACAAGAGCAUCUACAACCAGGACUACACUAUGCUCCCCACAGCAGAUCCAAUUCAUCUUCUACAACGACUGAAAGCUUGCACGACUCAACAAGAAUAUUGGACACCGAUGCCACCCCUAUUUUAGCACAUUCAGCAUCUGCUAAUGAGGACAAAACUCCUCUUGUGUCUCCAGAUGGGUUUGUUCAAACUGGUGUUGAACAGCCUACAACCACGUCUUCUCUUCCUCAAAGAAAACUAUCCAAGAAAUUUAAAAGGCUUUCAUUGAAAUUACAAAAUGCAACUGCUUCUGAAAACUCGUCACAGUUUAUGAGUAACUUCCAACAAAAUAUCGAAAGAGCCAACAACAAAAGCCAGAUUCAAUCUCAAGCACAUGGCCAACAUGCUACAAAUCACACAAACAGGACAAGUACUUACUACACAAGGAUCAACAGGGGGUCAACAAGUCUGGAAGAUUUGCAAAAGAACAGCAAACCAGAACAAUUCAGUGGCAGUAAUAAACCUCAGUACGACACCGAUGACGCAGCAAGCUCGGUUUUGAAAAAUGACCAGCAUUCAGAAAUAAGCUCAGUAAGUAGCAGGGCAUCAAGUACGCAAAGUCACUACUCCAAUAAUCGUGAUGAUUUCGAUGAUAUGUCCUCCACAUCGUCUACAAACAAUAUUGCUCGAAACAACAAUUCGUCUAGUUACAACUUACGAGGAUCAAUGAUUAGUGCUGAUGAAGAAGUGCCGAUUAGAAGAGAUCUAAUCGAAACCCCUACAAAGGAUAAAUUCAAAUUAUACAACAAGUCAAGUGCAAAUUUAUCUGAACAAGGAGGUCUCAAUAUAAUUUAUGAUAAGGACAGUAGAGAACCAUCAUCAACAAGUGAUACACAAUCAAAGACUAAAUCAGUUGAUUUGCUAGCAGAGGAGGAGGACUUGUCUUCAUUGUUUAUUCGUGCAUUACAUGCAUUUGACUCGUCUACUUUACAAUCUGAAUCAGACUCUUCCAUAUGCUUAUCAUUUGCUAAGGAUGAUUUGGCAUUUGUACAUACUAUUGAUGAAUCCGGGUGGGGUGAAGUGACGCUCAUUGAGUCUUUGGAAAGAGGAUGGAUUCCUAUGAACUAUUUCACAACUGCAGUCACCUCUUCUGACGAUGAAGAUGAGGAUGAUAAUGAUAAUAACAAUGAAAACCAUGACGUUGCAGGUGAAGCGGACAAAGAGAAGGAAACCGGCGAAAAGAAUGAAGUGCUACCCAACAGCUCCUACAUCAAACCAUUGUUUCAUGCAUGUGGGAAAUUCUUGCUCAAUCCAUUAAGUCAUCGGAAUAGAAAAGGUCGCUACACUUUCUCAAUUCGUGUUGUAAACUCCAUUCGGGAUGGUGUUCGUGUCCUUCUUCAACAAACAGAUUGUUUGUCGAGAUCGAAUGAAAUUGUGACAAAACGGCUGGUUGUCCGUAAAGCUCGGAAAACACUACUUGCUGAUUGGUACAACCUAAUGGUGAAGGCCAACGAGUUCAAAGGUACGUCAAACUUUAGCAAGAUUGAAAUUUUGACCUUGAUGGUGUAUCAAGUGACGAGAAAGGCAACUGAAUUCUUGGAGGUGUGGUCCACUGAAAGCAAGCAAGUAGUGAAGCGAGCCAACGAACGGAAAUUGCACGAUGAUUUGAACAAUUACCCUCUUUUGCAAGACCCACCUUUGGCCAAACAAAGAAUCACUGAAAUCAAUGGAAUAUUGUACUCGUACUUGGGAUUGAUAAUUGGAAGAAUGGAUUUGAUUGAGCACAAUCAAGUUGGAUGUGAAAUCUUGGAGACUUUGGCCCACCAAAUUAUUCUUCUACUUCGAGAGCUUUUAUUUAUAUCCAAAACUGGGUCCGACUUUAGCUUGCAGAAACCCGACGAUUUGGAUAAUUCAUUAGAUGGGUUACUAUCUUUGGUUAGCGAUUUAGUCACGGGCGUAAAGAGUUUGGUUGUCAAGACAAUAAAUGAGGGGGAGAUUAGCACCAGGAACUUUGAUGGAAACCGAGAUUACUUUUAUACUCAAGAGGGCGGCGAUUUACUUCAAAUAGCAGCAAAGAUGAUCAAGGCAGUAGGACACACCGUGGCCUCAGUGAGACAAUUGCUUGACAUAACGGGCGAUUUCAAAUUGAACUCUGAAAGGUCGUAUCCAGAUUAUUUGAAAAUGAGGAUUGAGCCUCAGGAUUUCGUACGGAGAUGCAUGAAGGGAAUCAAAUCUACCAAGGGACAACGUGCACCCCCACCACCAGCUGCCAACACACUUGGUGUUAGUAAACCCUACAAAGCCAACCGUUACUCUAUGGUGAGAUCGGGUAAAAGUGGUGACUUGGGAAUAACCGAAAGUGGACAAAGUUUGUUACAACAUUUUGACGAUUCACCUUUCACUGCCUCAGCUGCUGAGUUUGAGCCAUUCACGUCUGCGUCCGAUGGCAGUGGCAAGAGCAGUGACAGUGAUGAAAACCUCAAGAAUGAAUUAAUGACAGACAAGAAUGGAUUCUUUCUUGGAGGGUCAUUCAAAGGGUUGGUUUAUACUCUCACCAAUGAGCAGUCACCACCGGAAUAUUUCUAUGUUUCGACUUUCUUCAUUUGCUUUAGAAACUUUGCCACGGGUAUGGACUUGAUAGAAGAGUUUAUCGCUCGAUUUGAAGCCAAUCGCGGACAAGUUGACGAUAUAAACAUGACAUUAAGGUUGAAAAAUCGAAGGAGAUUGAUUGUCAAAAUGUUUCAAUUGUGGAUGGAGAGCUACUGGAAUCAAGACGCGGAUUAUAGUCUCUUGACAACGAUGAUUAAUUUUUUCAACGAAGGUGUGAGUCCCAUCUUGCCACUUGACGCAAUAGAAUUGAUUGAGAUUGGGGCCAAGCUAUCGACCAAUCCUUUGAUCGAAAACAGGGCAAGACGCACUAGACCAACAAAACAAUUGGUCGAGAGAAAUAUAGUAUUGAAUCAAAGUCUGGGUUCAUUGGACUUUCAAUCGUUUGAUGAUGGUGGUUAUGAUUUGUCGAGAGUGAACUCAAAUGCAUCCAAUACCCAAUCUUUGCCGUUACCUUCGGGUACUACCCCUUCCAACACUUUACUUACCAUGAGUCAGGUAGCAACUGUUGAGAAAAUCAUCAUGACCUAUAGAUCAAUUUUGAAGGACAGUUGGUGCUCAGCCAAGUACUUGUCUACAUAUAGACCAUUGGACUUGUCCAACUUGUUGUCACAUUUUGCCAUCGUUUGUGAGCAAAAUUGGGUUUUAUCAAACUAUAGGCCCAACUUGUUGGAUUUCAAUGCGUUGGAAGUUGCCAAACAAUUGACCUUGAUUGAGUCCAACAUUUUUUGCUCAAUCAAGCCUGAUGAAUUGUUGAAUCAGAACUUCACUAAUAAGCGAGCACACUUGAGGCUAUCACCCAAUGUUAGAUUGUCCCUUUUAUUCACCAACUGUUUAUCCAAUUACGUUUUGGAAUCGAUCCUACAACCCAACAUAACAAUGAAGGAAAGAGUCAACACACUCAAAGUCUGGCUCAAGGUUUCAAUUUCGGCCCUUUAUUUGCGAAACUUUAACAGUUUGGCAGCGAUAAUCACUGCAUUACAAAGUCAUUUGAUUACGAGAAUUGGUGACUUGUGGUCCACUUUGCUGCAGAAAUACGUUGACUUGUAUCAGUACUUGUCGUCGAUCAUCAGUAUGGAGAAAAACUAUUCAACUUAUAGGAACAAGAUUCGCAAUCUAUUAUCUUCGGGAGAAUCACUACCCAUCGUGCCAUACAUCAAUUUGUUCAUCUCCGAUAUAACAACAACCACAGAAGGUAUACCAAAGUAUAUCCCAUCACAGAAUUUCUUGUCAAGCAAGGUGAUCAAUUUCCAAAAGUACUCCAAGAUUGUCAAAAUUAUUGCCGAUUUGCAAUCUUUGCAGAAUCCGUAUAGCCAUGACAACCAGCAUGGAAGUCUGGCAGAGUAUAGGGUUCAAGAAUUGCCUUGCUUGCAAGAAUUGAUUUUGUUGGAGCUUUGGAAAGUGAAUAUUUUACAUAAAGUUGAUGACGAUCGUGGGUGGAAAUUGAGUUGUGAGGUUAUAAAGAAGUAG